UCCUGGCGCUGCCGUUGUGCAUAGGACACCAUUCCCAUUUCCACCCGGCGCUCACUCUCACCCUGUCUCUGCCGCGAGCUUCUCUCCCACGACCGAUGGGCUCAGCUUCAGGUGAUUCACCGGAGAAAAUUCGAGAUAUAUGCAUGACUCCUACGUCCAGUCGCACGGCCUUGCAUGCCGUGCGCGCACGCACAGAUGACAGUAGCAGGGAGCAUCUGCUGGACGUCGCCGACGGGCCCAAGAUACGGGUGCGUGGGCUGCGGCGGCGGUCGGAGGCGAGCGGCGAGGAGAUCCUGCGCGGGGUGGACCUGGACGUGCCGCGCGGGGCGGUGAUGGGCGUCAUCGGCCCCAGCGGCGGCGGCAAGUCCACGCUGCUCCGCGCUCUCAACCGCCUCUGGGAGCCCGCCCCCGGCGCCGUGGCCCUCGACGGCGCCGACAUCUGCGGCAUGGACGUCCUCGCGCUCCGGCGCAAGGUCGGCAUGCUCUUCCAGCUCCCCGCCAUGUUCCACGGGACGGUGGCGGACAACGUGCGGCACGGGCCGCAGCUGCGGGGCAAGAAACUCACGGAAGCGGAGGUGGAGAACCUGCUGAGCCUGGCGGACCUCGACCCCGCCAUGUCCUCCAGGCCGGCGUCGGAGCUGUCCGUCGGCCAGGGGCAGCGCGUCGCCCUGGCCCGCACCCUCGCCAACGACCCGGAGGUGCUGCUGCUGGACGAGCCGACAAGCGCGCUGGACCCGAUUUCGACGCAGAACAUCGAGGAGGCCAUCGUGCGGCUCAAGGAGACGAGGGGCCUCACGACAGUGAUCGUCUCGCACAGCGUGAAGCAGAUCCAGCGCGUCGCCGACCUCGUCUGUCUCGUCGUCGACGGCGAGGUCGUGGAGGUGCUCGCGCCGUCGGAUCUGGCUGGGGCCAAGCACCCCGUGGCCCGGCGCUUCCUGGAGCUCAGCUGAAUAUGUUUGUGCCUUCGCUUACCUCAGACUUGCUAUGGCGACGAAUGUUGCGUGCGCUUUGGAGGAGUAAAUUACACAAAGUGGUUGUGGUAGGGUAAUCAGGUAAUGGGCUUUCUUUUCCUUCAGUAAAUGGGUUUGGUGGACAUGAUUGACAUGGGAUUAUAGGCCUAUUCGGCUACUGGCCUAGCAAGCCGUCUAUCGGCUGUUCUUCGAAAUCUCGCUGUUCUUUACUCCACACGGGAAAGACCACCAUAUUUUUCUAGAAAAAAAAAAGAGGACCACGAUUGGUUGAUCGAUCCACCUCCCCUCGACGUGGCCUGCUCGGCUGUUGCAGAUGGCGGUACUCUGGGGUCGAUUGGAGACGGAACGACGGCGAGUGGAGGCUGGCCUGGGCUGUGCGCGAGUGGCCGGCGGUGUGCUCUGAAGCACAUCCUUCCUAGGAACGGCUUGCAUCCUCGGUUGGCGGCUUCUUAUCCCCUCCUUUGUGAUUAUGUGAAAUUGCUAACUUUUGAAGAUUGACAGACUUAGAGCCU